AGCUUCACUUUCAUUGUGGACAUCACGUUCGUAGCUGCUGUAACAGCGCAACAAACGUUUUUCCGUCUUUAACGUAAAAUUUGCCAAAUUCAACAUGCCUUCCUACAAAUUGAUUUACUUCCCAGUUACGGCAUUAGCCGAACCGAUUCGUUUCUUAUUCAACUAUGCUGACAUUGAUUUUGUAGAUGAACGUUUUGACAGGAAAGAUUGGCCAAACCUUAAGCCAACUAUGCCAUUUGGUAAAGUACCUGUGCUCGAAGUAGAUGGAAAGAAGGUUGCUCAGUCCGUAGCUAUCUGCCGUUACUUGGCGAAACAAUGUGGUCUUGCUGGCAAAGAUGAUUGGGAGGCUUUGCUAAUUGACGCGGCUGUUGAUACGAUACACGAUUUACGCGCCAAUAUCGCUGCUUUUUUCUAUGAGAAAAAUGAAGAGGCUAAAGCAGAGAAACUUAAAGCUGCCAAGGAAAUAGUACCAUUUUAUUUGGAGCGUUUGGACGCUCAGGUGCAGAAAAACGACGGUUACUUUGUCGGCGGUGCUUUGUCGUGGGCCGAUUUCACUUUUGUUGGUCUUUUGGAUUACUUGAACUUCAUGAUGAAUGAAAACAUUGUCGAGAAAUAUGAAAAUCUGAAACAACUCCAAAAGACAGUCGAAAAAGUACCAGCCAUCAAGCGUUGGCUUGAGAAGCGUCCGGCGGCUAACUGGACAAAUUAAUUCGAAUAAUUUCAUAAAAUAAUGCUUGAUUUUUGACAGAAUUGAUUGUUUAUUGAUGUUUUAUUUAAAUAAUACAUCCUUUUUUUCAUAUGUAUGUAUAUCUAUAUGUAAGAGAAAGGUAUACAUAUAUAUUCAUGAAUUAUUCAUUGAAGAUAUUUCACACUCUAAUUCUUAUUGUCAUACGACAAGCAAUAGAAAUAUCUUAAAAUUAUUUCUAAUUAAAACUAAAACACACAUUAUCUUUUUUAUUAUGUAA